UCACGUACGAAUCACACGGAGUGUAGAAUUUUGUGUUGUGAAGGAAAUUUUAAAUAUAAAAAAUACAUUAAUUUCAACAUUUAAAAAUAUAUAUAUAUGAAAAUGUUGAGCAAAUUAUUAACAUUGUGCAUAGUUCUUGCUGUGGCGCCGUUGAUUCCUGUUGAUGCCGCAGAUCAAUGCGGGGAAUGUAUGGAGUCAAAUUUUGUGCAGUGCAUCAAUGAGACCAGCUACAUAAUUUGCUACGAGGAGACGGCGACAAUGGCGCCAAUAGAUGAGGAAGUUUACAAUUGCCCAGCCAAUCAGUUCUGUACAAAUUCAGUAAAUGUAUGUGAGUCAAAUCCGGAUGGCGAGAAUAUUAUAUCAGUUUGUUCCAGUGGGACAAAUUCGGCAUGCAGCAGUUGUACUGGCAAGGCAAAUGGAGCUCUAAUUUGCCUUAGCUCAACGCAAUUUGCUAUAUGCAGAUCAAACGUAGCUUCUAAUCCUCUAUCAUGCAAUGCUGGACAGUUGUGCAGUGAGGAACUGGUUUCCAAGCAGGGUUUGAAAAAAGUGUGUGCGCCACAAUCUGUACUUGAUUACUUCGAACUGACUUCGUGCAACAUUGAGGAAACAGUAACACCACAACCUACUAGCCCAGCGACACCGUCAACUACCGUCAAUCCAUUAACUGAAUGUGAGAAUGCGGGAUUGUCUAGUGCUUAUUUCCAAAUACCAUAUCCCGACUUUUGUAAAAGCUACAUUUACUGUGAACGCAAUGGCAGCACUUACAUUUCAUUGGUCAUGAACUGUAAAUCAGGACAAUUUUACAGUGAAGCGCAGAAAACAUGCAUUACAGCCACAAGUUGUCCACAAUAAUACAAAAAUUUAAAAAAAAAAAAAAAAAACAAUUAAAAAUUCAAUGCCUCCAUUGUAAACGAAAAGUGUUAAGCGUUCAAUUAAAGAACAAAUAAAAUAUAUUUAAUAUUCAUACUUA